AUGGGCGCUGAGGCCCGCCGCCUGGCUCAGCAGCUGCGGGCUGCGCUGCGCCUGGAGGAGCCGCUGGUUGUGCAGGAGCUGCUGCACCGCGGCGCGGACCCCAACCUGGUGCUGGCCGACGGCGCGGCCGCAGUGCAUCUGGCGGCCCGAGCCCGCAGUCCACGAGCCCUGCAAUGCCUCCAGGCCUUGCUGCGCCGGGGCGCGGACCCCAAUGCUCGAUCAGCUGAGGCCCUGACGCCUUUGCAUGUGGCUGCUGCCUGGGGCUGCCGCCAGGGACUAGAGAUCUUGUUGACCCAAGGAGGGGACUCCACACUUCAGGACCAGGAUGGACUCCAGCCUCUGGACUGGGCACUACAGCAGGGACACCAAGACUGUGCUCGCAUACUUCAAGAACUUGACACACCUGCCUGGACUCCAGAGGAGACCCCAGAGCCCACCAAUCUCAGAGUUUCUGGAUGUUCCUUCUUGUCGCCAGACCCCACACAGCUCCAGACACAGCCCAGUGAUGAUGACAACAGGGACAGGAGUCUGAAUGCCAGCCCUGGACUCCCUGGCCUCAAUGUAUUCCUUGGGAUAGCAGCCAAGGAUAGGCACUCUGAGACCCUGGCCAGAUGCCAGGACUUCAGUAGUGAUGGCUCUUUUGUCACAGCAGUUGAAGUUUCUGCAGCUGAGGACUCAGCCCUGGAGGGAGCUACUUUCUUGGCCAAAUCUCUACCCCAGAUGGAGCAGCCUGGCCUCAAUACCCCUGGGAGGGUAUCAGAGUCUGAGGCUGGCCUGUUGUCACAUGGAGCUGUGGUGGUUGACCAGGAGACAGAACUGAUUGCCCACCUGAAAACUUGGACUUUAAUUUCUACUGAGGCCACUGGCUGCUCAUCCUCUUCUUCCCCUCUAGGACUUCUGCCCCCUCUCUCUAUCCUGGCCUGUAAUCCCCUGCAGGAGCCACAGCCUGGAUCUGCCACCAUUCCCUCUCUGCCAGAUGACCAGACCCACUGGGACAGCACUAUGGCCAAGUUGUGGCUCACAGAAGAUGAGACGAGCAUCCUAUGUGACCAGGACUCAGACCCUUCUAACCUACACCAGUCCGUCCCCAUCAUGUCUGACCUGGAGCUACUGCAGGCUCUUCAAGCACUGGGCCACAGUCCUGGCCCAGUCACAUCCUUUACUAGGCCACACUACCUCCGAUUGCUGCAGAAAGCUCAGACUGGCCAUGGCCCUGAAUUUGUAGGACACAGCCCAGAACUGGUCAAGGCCCUGAGGACUGGCCAGAUCCCAGAUUGCCAGGCAGAUGAGGAUGUUCUGGCUCAGGAAUUUGAGCACCCUGAUCCCACCAAGAAGUGGAGGGAGGGUGUGGUGAAGUCCAGCUUUACAUAUCUUCUGCUUGACCCCAGGGAGACUAAGGAUCUACCAGCCCGAGCCUUCUCUCUGACCUUGGCUGAGUGUCUACAGACUUUUGUGCGUGCUGUCUUCUAUGUGGGCAAAGGGACCCGUGCCCGGCCAGACAGCCACCUCUGGGAGGCCCUCAGCUAUCACAAGCAUCCAAGAAAACAGGCCUGCCCCAAGGUACACAAGAUCCGAGACAUUUGGGACAAUGGCCGUGGUGUCAUCUCUCUGCACUGUUUUCAGCACGUGGUGGCUGUGGAGGCUUAUACACGGGAGGCGUGUCUGUUGGAUGCCCUAGGGAUCCAGACACUGACCAACCAGAAACAAGGGCACUACUAUGGAGUCGUGGCAGGUUGGCCACCUACUCGUCGCCGGUGCUUGGGAGUGCACCUGCUGCAUCGUGCCCUUCUCAUCUUCUUGGCUGAAGGGGAGCGAGAACUGCGGCCUCAGGACAUCCAAGCCCGUGGCUGAAUGCUGAGGACUUGGUCCCAGGGGCCCAGUGCAUAAGAGCACUGGCUGGCUCCAGAAGGCCUUCCCUUCCCCUUCCCUCCUCUCCCACCCCCGCGUGUGUAUGAGUGUGUGUUAGAUGGUGCUGAUUGACAGGUAGUGACCACUCUGGAGGGAAACAAGAGGAAACAGAUGCUUUGGAAAACUA